AUGCAGACCCACCACCAGACCUCGCAGUCGUUGAAUGCGUUGCUGGCGCCAUUCAGCAAGCAGUUCCAGAAUGGCCUCCUGCGGCAGGGUACAUCGUCUGUGCCAUUGCUGACGACCAUGUCGCAAUACUACAUGCUCCAGCCUUCCAAACGACUCAGGCCUUGCCUCAUCCUCCUGAUGUGUCAGGCCACGAACGGGCUUGGCUCAGACUGGGAGACCAAGAGCACGAGCUUGUGGGUCGGCUGCUCAGCCGAAACUGACGCUCUCGAGAACAUACUUCCUGAGCAGCUGUCGCUCGCCCAGGUGUUUGAGAUUCUGCACGUCGCGUCUCUUCUGCACGACGAUGUCAUCGACAACGCGGAGACCCGCCGCGGGUCCCCAUCCGUUCCCGCCCUCUUUGGGAACCGUCGCGCGAUUCUCGCAGGAGACUUCCUCCUCGGUCGCGCCAUGCGCCUCGUCGGGACGCUCGGCUCGCCAGAGGUCAUGUCCCUUGUCGCAGAGGUCUUCUGCACACUCGUCGAGGGCGAACUGCUCCAGGCAGGCUACACCGACCUGUCCCUCGGCAGUGCUGUCGUCGAUCCGGUCCAACUCCCGAGAGUCGCCCAGGAUCCGGCCGAAGACGAAAUCAUCACGUCCCUCUGGCAAGAGUACCUACAAAAGACAUACAUGAAGACGGCAAGCCUCUUCGCGAAAGCGAUGGAGUGCGCUGUCAUACUCGGGGGCGCGACGGCCGAGGACCCGUUGAGAGAAGCAGCAUCUUCCUUCGGCGCAUGCCUGGGAAUGGCCUUCCAGAUCGUCGACGACUUGCUCGACUUCGAGGGCGAUCCGAAGAAGCUCGGAAAGCCUGCGAACGCGGAUAUGCGGCUCGGGCUGGUGACGGCACCGGUCUUCUUCGCCCUGCAGGAAGACGAGAGCAUCCGUCCGCGGGUGCUUCGUUGCUUUGAGGGACCAGGGGAUGUCGAGGUGACAGCCGACUGUGUGCGGAACACUCAGGCGCUGAGCCGUACCCGGAAGCUAGCUGAAUCUUACGCAAUGAAGGCGCGCGAGGCACUGAAUAUAGUCCCCGACAGCGCUGCGAAAGAGGCCCUCUUGAAGGUCACGUUUGCUAUACUUGCCCGGCAGGCUUGA